AUGAAUUUCUCUCAAAUUCAAGGACAAAUUUUAGCUCAAAAUAUUAUGACUUUGCUUCAGCAACCUAAUAUGAACAUGAAUAUGAGUAUGCCUGCUCCAUAUCCAAUGCAGAAUAUGAACCAACAGUUACCUAUGCAAAUGCAGAGACCAUAUGGCAUGCAUCCUGUUCAACAACAACCUAUGUUUGGCUUUCCUCCUAACCAACUGCCUCCUCAUCCUAUGGUCCCUCAAAAUCCAACGUUUUCUGGAAAUUCUCAGUUUGGUGUUGUGCCUGGAAAUCAAGUCAGGCCACCGAUUGCCCCAAAUCCGGCAGCCGGGAACCCAAAUGGUUUUGUAUCAGGUCCUUUUCCAUCUCAACAGUUACAAGGGAAUACUUCUGUGCCACAUAAUACAAACAAUGCUCAAAGUUCUGCAUUUAGGAAUUCACAUUCACAGGAAAAUCCUAAUAGCAAUGUCAACACUAAUUUUGCAAACUCUAACUGGAAAGGAUCGCCAAACAAUAACUUCAAAAACAAACAAAAUAGAGGGGGAUCUCAAGGAGGGUUCCAGAAGUCUAAAUUUCGUGAUAACAACAAAGGAAACAGGAGAGCAGGGUUUUCAAAAGAUCGUAAGGGUAGAGGUCCCAACAAUGAGAGAGCAGGAACUUUUGGUUUAAAUUCUGAGGAACAUCAGCAGCAACCACAAAGAUCCUAUUCUGCGACUUAUUCUGAGCAAGAAAUUCUACGAUGGCGUGACGCACGGAGGAAGAAUCACCCUUCCAGAGAAAAAAAUGAGAAGACGCAGAGUGAACAAUCGAAAGACUCCAAGUGCAUUGAUAGAGAGGUUUUACAAAGAGAGCUCAAAGAGGUUUUAGCAAAGCAAGCUGAGUUGGGAGUUGAAGUUGCCGAAAUACCUUCAUACUAUCUGAAGAAUGCUGCAAAUCAAGGCCUUCAGAGUGAAGAGAAUGAAACCCCAUUUACCAACAAAAGAAAAUUCAAAAACAAGGCAAGAAGGAAUCCAAACAAAAGGCGUCGGAACGGCAAGAAGCAGAAGCUGGCUGACAAAGAUUUUUUAGAAAACAAGAAGAAGCCAACUUUAUUACAGAAACUCUUGAGUGCAGAUAUAGUGAGGGAUCAAAGCUACCUGUUUCAGGUUUUCAGGUUCAUGACAGCGAAUUCGUUCUUGAAGGAUUAUCCUGAUAAGCCUCUGGUAUAUCCACCAGUUUUGGUAAAAGAAAUGGGGUCUGAAGUUUAUGAUGGAAAAAAACAUUUGCAUGGCGGAAAAGAUGUUGUUGAAGAUGGUACCAAGGGAAUAGUUGAAACACAACUUGUUGGGAAACAAGUUUAUUACUAGAACAGAUCAAAGAAG